AUGUUGUCCCCUCAGCGAGUGGUAGCGGCUGCAUCGGGAGGAGCAGGUGAUGCUAUGGAGAGUGGAAAGCCUUGUCCAGUGCAGGUUGUUUUGGUGCAGAAAGACCAACAUGCCUUUGAGCUAGAAGAGAAAGCCUUGGCCAGCAUCCUCUUACAGGAACACAUCCGAGACCUUGAUGUGGUGGUGGUGUCAGUGGCUGGUGCCUUCCGAAAGGGCAAGUCCUUCUUUCUGGACUUUAUGCUACGAUACUUAUAUAUCCAGAAGGAAGGUGGCAGUUCAAAUUGGUUGGGUGACCGAGAAGAACCGUUAACAGGGUUUUCAUGGAGGGGGGGCUCUGACCCAGAAACCACUGGGAUCCAGAUCUGGAGUGAGGUUUUCACUGUGGAGAAGCCAGAUGGGAAGAAGGUUGCAGUUGUUCUGAUGGAUACCCAGGGGGCAUUUGACAGCCAGUCCACUGUGAAAGAUUGUGCUACCAUCUUUGCUCUAAGUACCAUGACUAGUUCUGUUCAGAUUUAUAAUUUGUCCCAGAACAUUCAGGAAGAUGAUCUUCAACAGCUACAGCUCUUCACAGAAUAUGGUCGUCUGGCGAUGGAUGAAAUUUUCCAAAAGCCCUUCCAGACACUGAUGUUUCUGGUUCGAGACUGGAGUUUCCCUUAUGAAUACAACUAUGGACUACAGGGGGGAAUGUCGUUUUUGGAAAAGCGUCUACAGGUGAAAGAACAUCAACAUGAAGAAAUUCAGAAUGUCCGAAAUCACAUUCACUCAUGUUUCUCCAGCGUCACCUGUUUUCUGCUACCACAUCCAGGGCUCCAGGUUGCCACAAGCCCUGACUUCGAUGGCAAAUUGAAAGAUAUUGCCAGUGAAUUCAAAGAGCAGUUACAGACACUGAUACCAUAUGUAUUAAACCCAGCUAACUUAAUGGAAAAGGAGAUCAACGGCUCGAAAGUCACCUGUCGGGGGCUAUUGGAAUAUUUUAAGGCAUAUAUUAAAAUUUACCAAGGAGAAGAUCUGCCUCACCCCAAAUCCAUGCUUCAGGCCACUGCUGAAGCCAACAACUUAGCAGCUGCAGCCUCUGCCAAGGACAUUUACUAUAACAACAUGGAAGAGGUUUCUGGGGGAGACAAACCUUAUUUGUCUCCAGACAUUCUAGAGGAGAAGCACUGUGAAUUCAAAGAACUUGCUCUGGACCAUUUUAAGAAGACAAAAAAGAUGGGUGGGAAGGAUUUUAGCCUUCGUUACCAGCAGGAGCUGGAGGAGGAGAUCAAGGGACUGUAUGAGAACUUCUGCAAGCACAAUGGUAGCAAGAAUGUCUUCAGCACCUUCCGAAUCCCUGCAGUGCUCUUCACAGGCAUUGUGGCUUUGUACAUAGCUUCAGGCCUCACUGGCGUUAUUGGUCUUGAGGUGGUGGCCCAGCUGUUCAACUGUAUGGUUGGCCUGCUGUUAAUAGCGCUUCUCACCUGGGGGUACAUCCGGUACUCUGGUCAGUAUCGUGAGCUGGGCGGUGCUAUCGAUUCUGGUGCAGCGUAUGUAUUAGAGCAGGCCACUUCUCACAUUGGUAAUUCCACUCAGGCUGCUGUGAGGGAUGCAGUUGUUGGGAGACCAUCCUUGGAUAAAAAAGCUCAAUAGCAUCUUAACAAGAGGAUCCAACAAGACCCCGGCCAGCCCCUUCUGAUUUCUGGGCUUCUGCCACGGCCACAGGUCCAGGUGCCAAGGAACGCAGACCUGGGACCAUCUGGAAAGAGCUGAAACACAGCACUAAUAAAUGAACAGACCUUUCCUGUGGUUUCAAAUUCUUAAA